UAUUUUAUAAUUUUUGUGUAGAUAUGCAACUUUAUAGAUAUUUUAUGUAAAUAGUAAAAUUGAAAAUGGAUGAUGUUUUUGCAAAGUUCCUUCGCUUGUGGAUCUCUAUCUUUUGUGUUUCUACCUUAUCAAAUUGUCAACAAUCAAGAAUGGGGAAAGAUAGCGAAUGCUACACUCCAAACGGUAGAGAUUACACUGGGAAACAGAACACAACAUACGUAAAGGGAAGUGGAAUGUAUGAACCAACAAUUCCGAAUGUUGAAGUUUGCUUGCCUUGGAAGGAUCAAGAUACCUCACAGUUCAAUGUCACACUUACAGGGAACUAUUGCAGAAACCCAAACAACCGACUAUUUCCUUGGUGUUAUGUAAUGAAGAACGGAGCCCCAGGAUGGUCUUAUUGUCACAUACCGACUUGCAGUACUCCUGCACUGAUUGGUUGUUUUAAAUUAUACGUCAACGAUGACGCACCGCCAAAAGGCCAGAACGUGACAACCACAGGUCCUCCUCCCGACCUUAUAUUAGACGGAGAAGAUAGUAUAACACUGGAUUCGCAAAUGAGAAUAGCAAGAUGUUUGAAUUUUUGCAGGAGCAAGAAAUACGAUUACGCAGGGGUGACCGGAGGUGAUUCGUGCAUGUGUGGUACGAAUAAAGAUGACGGGGCACAAAUGAGAGAGUUGAUCAAUCAUCUACAUCCACAUAUGUGCUUGCAGUAUCCUUGCGCUGACGAUCGAAUGCAGGCUUGUGGAGGAGAUAAUGCAAUUGCUAUUUAUGACGUGGAAGCGGGAUCCUGCGACGGAGUGUUCGACAAACGUGACGUCGGCGUAAUUUACUCCCCACGAUGGCCGGGGAAUUAUCACAAUGAGGCAAAAUGUGGUUGGACAAUUUACGUUCCGGAAAAGUACAUGAAGGACGAAGAAACACGAAAAAAGCACCAAAUGCACGUCUACUUCUCGUACUUCAACUUAGAAACAAAAAAUGACACUUUGAAAAUUUAUACGUACGCCAAUUCCACCGAUACCAACUCAGUGAGGGUUGCGUCCUACUCUGGAAGUGACCAUCCCGCCCCUAUCGUACUGGAAGUGUCGGAAGUCUAUGCGGUGCACAUUGUGUUCAAUUCAGACCCAGACCAUAAGAAAGAAGGAUUUAUUCUGCAUUAUAACAUAACUAACUUGGAAGGCCAAAUGGAAACAACGUUGCCUGAUGUUGUCAUAACCGAAACCACUACAACAUCAACAAGGCCAACAACAAAAACUACGACAACAACAACUAAAAGCCCUCAACAUAAAUCUACAACACAGCCCUCUUCUGCGAAAACAACAACAACCACUAAGGCUCCUGUCGAAUCUCCUUCACUCACAGCAAGUACAACAACAAUUAUUUCCGGGGCAACAAAAUCAACGACACCUAGUACAAAUAGCUCAGCUGUUCAAGGCAAGCAAUCCUCUGGUGCAGAUGGAGGCAUGAUCGCAGGAAUUGUGAUAGGAAUCCUUGUGUUCCUAGUUCUAGUUGUUCUGGUAGCGUUGUAUCUCAUAAAAUGGAGAGGUAAAGAAGCAAAAGAUGAAUCAACUCCAAACCCACCAGCGAUGUUCAACAAUCCUGUUACAUUUAACAGCGAUACCACGUUGUGAUAUGUCGAAUGAAGUCGGUAAAAAAGUUUAGAAAACUAAUAUGUGAAGUAUGUUUACUCAAUUACAUUCAGUCUGUCUUAUACAAUGCAGCAAUAUCAGAAUGUUUGCAAAAUUUCUACACGGUUAAAAUACGGGAAAACGUUGAUGACAUCACCAUGUACUUGCAAAUUAACUUGAACCCUAACUUGGUACACAACCUAAGUUCAGGUUGUGCGCCAUCUUGGUGCGAAUACUUAAGGAGGUUCCAUCAUGUACUUGCAAAUUAUCCCUGAGCUUCGCUAGGUAUACCUCAUAUUCUUAAUAUUGGGCGAGUAAUCCGAUUCAAUAUUGUUAUAUUAUAUUUCAUGGCUGUUUAUACUUUAUUAGAGUUGUACAAUAGAAUUUCAAUGACAUUAAAUGAUAUUAGAAUCGCAUUUGAUAAACUCAACCCGUCUCGUAGAAAUGUUUAAAAUCUUGAUCGAAUCGUACAUAAUUAAUGAUUCACGAGUAUUUUUGACUCGUUUCUGUUUAUCGAAAUAUUAGUUCUUGGAUCCUUACUAACAUAGCACUUUAUCAUACAUAUUUGUCGUCUUCUAAAGUCUAAUACUAUAAUAUAUAAAGCAUCAUAUCAAAUAUUUUUCAUAAAAUUCGAACUGAAAUUGCAAAAAUAGCUGGAAAAUCAGAAAAUUUGAAGGUCAGAUGAGAUCACGAAUAAAAUGCGUGCUUUUUCAUUUCUUUUUCGAUAUGUUUUUAUUUUUUUUAGAUUCUAGAUUGUUUCAGGUUGACACCUUUUAGGUUCUUUUUGAUUUCUGUAAUAUUCUGUGUAAUAUAACUAAUGCCUUUAAAAAACUUUGUAAAUAAUAUUCUUUGUAAAAAUGAAGCUGUUUGACAAAUUUUCUGUUUUUCUAGCGACCACCCUGUUAUAUUCAAUUAUAAUAACGUUUGUGUUUUUAGCUGAAGUUUGAAUAAUUUUUGUUGAAAAUGAAACAUGUUGUAUUUACAGGUCGCUAUGAAAAUUUUAACAACCUUAUAACCAAUACAGUCGUUUUUAUUAUAAAACUAUAUAUGAAGCAAAUGCAAACGCAGUGUAGUUUUAUUUUUCGUCUAUUUAGAAAAAAAGAACAAAAUGCAAUUUUAUGACGCUACUAACUUGCCAAAUAUAUAUUUGUUUGUUUCUUAUUGUUAUCUACUACUUUCAUGUAUCGAAUAAAACAAUUAUAUCUUGUA